GGGCAAUUUCUAACACUAACUGUACAUGCAUACAUGUAUAACAUCUUGUCAUUUCAGUGAGAAAAAUGUGUACCUCUCCAACAACAGUGUAACUUCCCAGGAUAAUGCAUCUAGGCUGUUUCCAAAGUCUCUAGAAAUACCAAUUAGAUUCAAUACUACAGUACCAAUUAGAUUCAAUACUGGAGUAUUACAUCUUCAUUUCAGUAAGAAAAUGUGUAGCUCUCCAUCUCUAGCAGUGUGUCUUCCUUGGAUAAUUUUUCAAAAAGGUACAAAAUUCCAAUUCAGCGAAAAUGGUCAAAAUAUGCCAAUUUUUAGGAACAAGCGUACUUAGCCCGUUUCCAAAAUCUCUUGUUGAAGCACCCAUUAGAUACAACACUGCAGUAUAUGAAACACUGGCAUUUUUGACUAUACUAACAUCUGCUUCAUAUACUGGGAAUAGGAAACAACCUAAUUGUGCCCCGCAUCAUUUCAGUAACUACUAGAUGAUUGCCCCCAGCUAUACACAAAGCCAUGGGCAUCUCCAAGGCAUCCUCGCGAUCUGCGACAAAUCCCUGAAAAUGCCCGGUUCUAGA